AUGGUAUUAAUAUUUGACUAUCUAACAAGUAAAACUAUAAGUUGCCGCCGUGAAUACCGUCGCCGCCGUCACCCACUCCCGUCGCCACCACCACCACCACCCACCUCCACCCCAGUUGUCUCCCGCCACCACCCACCUCCACCCCAGUCGUCACCCCCCUCUGCCGCUACCAACCGUCACCCACCAUCCACACCUCCGCCCCUGCCGUCACUCGCCACCACCCACUACCACCGACACCACUGCACCACAGCUGCCACCCACCCCCGCCUCCGCCUUCAGCCGCCACCCACUUCCACCACCGUCGCCGUCACCCACCACCGUCCCCGUCACCCACCACCGUCCCCGUCACCCACCACCAUUGUCGUCGCCACCACCUACCUCUGCCCCCGCCGCCACCCACUGCCGCCACCACCUCCGUCCAUCGCUACCACUGCCACCUAUCACCGCCCACCACCACCGACUACCGUCACUCAUCACCGAUUUUAUUACUUUUCUUUCUUACCAAACAACACAAAGUAA